AUGGCUCGUGUCAUGGUUUGUGGCGCCACUGAAUCUCCUAUCGAUCCGAUUACAAUUGCCGGUUUCGGAAGAGCUAAAGCAUUGGCCAUGAGAUAUAAUGACAGUCCUCAAAAGGCUUCUCGUCCUUUUGACAAGGCCAGAGCUGGAUUUGUAAUGUCAGAAGGAGCAGGAAUUGUGGUUCUUGAAGAUUAUGAGCAUGCGAUUUCUAGAAGAGCUCCAAUUUAUGCAGAAAUAUUAGGCUAUGGUCUUUCCGCCGAUGCCUAUCAUGUUACAUCUCCUAAUCCUGACUCUUCUGGUGGUUUAAAGUGCAUGAAAUCGGCACUAGCAGAGGGGCAAAUCCAUCCAAGCCAAAUUGGAUAUGUGAAUUGUCAUGCUACCUCGACCCCCGCAGGAGAUCAAAUAGAGAAUGGAGCUGUCAAAAAAAUGUUUGAAUCUCAUUCUAAAAAUCUGCAAAUUUCUUCUUUUAAAGGAUCGAUUGGCCAUAUGCUUGGAGCUGCCGGGAGUGCGGAAUUUGCAUUGUCUAUGGUCUCAUGCAAACGAGGAAUAAUUCCGCCUUCCAUUAAUAUUGACAAUCUUGAUGACGAUUUUGAUCUAAAUUAUGUACCAAAUGAAAGUCAAGUUUGGAAAUGGAGUCACAAUGAACGUAGAUAUGGAAUUAAAAACUCAUUUGGUUUUGGUGGAACUAAUUCCUCCAUAUGUUUUGCUAGUAUUGAUCAACUCUAA